UACUGACUGCGCAGGCAGUAUUCACCGUCUUUUGUGUUGAAAAAUAAAAUCAUUAUGAGAGUAAAUAGUGGGCAGCCCGAGGGUAAAUCUAAUUGGUUAGGAUGUGCUCGCUGAUGUCUGCGUGGCCCCGCCCUCCUCACGGAGAACAUGAUCCAGCUACAUGAGCAGUGUUGGCCAACGCGGCCCCGCAGCAGCAGCAGCAGCAGCGGCAGAGGCACAGGAUGAGCAGACGGGUCUGUGUUCCGACCAGCUGAAGUUUUAUUUACAGAGAUUCCUUUGUGGUAUCCUGUGGAGGUGAAAUGGAAUACAUGGAGGGGUGUAGACCUGCCUCCAGAAUGAUUCUCACACCACCCGAAAGUGCCUUGGCCCUCACAGACAGACCGCCUAAGCAGUGAGGGGCAGGACCUUAAACUCAGGCAGUAGACAUGGCCACACGACAGCGGCAGUCUGCAGAGUCCUGCAACAUGGAGGGGGGAGACGUCGAUAAAGAAGAAGCUGAAACACCGCCGGAUCAAUCACAGCCCGUGGCCAAUAGUGCUCCAGAUGGAGGCUGGGGCUGGGUGAUCCUUGUGUCUUCUAUAGUGGUCCUGGCCCUGACACUGGCUUUCCCAUCCUGCAUGAGCAUCUUCUACACAGAUCUCCAGAAACAGUUUCAUGCCAGCAACAGCGUAACAUCAUGGGUGCCAUCUAUAAUGACAGCAGUCCUGCACGCUGGAGGUCCACUGUGCAGUGUGUUAGUGGAACGAUUUGGUUGUCGAGCAACCGUGAUAAUGGGAGGAGUCUUAAGCGGGAUAGGAAUGGCGGCCAGUGCCUUUACAAAUUCCAUCGUUGAACUUUACAUCACUGCAGGGGUUAUUACAGGUUUAGGGUUUUGUUUCAGUUUCCAGCCUGCUGUCACCAUCCUGGGCCAAUACUUUGUACGCCGUCGUGUCUUUGCCAAUGCUAUGUCCUCCACAGGCACAGCUCUUGGCCUUUCCACGCUGCCCACACUGAGUAACUACCUACACACUGAGUUUGGCUGGAGGGGCAGUUUUCUCAUAUUAGGCGGUAUGCUACUCAACUGCUGCGUCUGUGGAGCACUUAUGAGGCCACUGGGCCCAAGCAAACCCAAAGCACACAAACAAAAGGCCAAUGGCCCCACAAAGACUGGGAAAGAGAAUCUAAAGCUUUUAGCAUCUUGUAUCCGUCGCCACAUGGCCUUUGACCAGUUCUGUAAUAACCAGCGUUAUCGGGUUUUCUCACUGGGUGUUACUUGGAUGAUGCUGGGAUUUGUAGUGCCUCUAAUUUUCCUGGUUCCAUUUGCCACAGACAACGGUAUGGACCAGAACAAAGCUGCCCUGCUGCUCAAUGUCUUGGGCUUCGUCAACAUCAUCGUGCGGCCGGCCUUUGGACUGCUCUUUAACCUGGCUUGGUUCAAGGGCCGUCAUAUAUACGUGCUCUCCGUAGCGCUUCUUCUGAAUGGACUGAGCAACUGUAUCUGCUGCUUUUCAGCCACGUUUCCAGUGCUGCUGGUUUAUAUGCUAUGUUAUGGCCUGACGAUGAGUGUGGUGGGCACACUGCUGUUCACCGUGCUGAUGGACAUCGUGGAAAUGAACCGCUUCCUCUCUGCACUCGGCCUUCUGGCAAUCAUGGAGAGCGUCACGCUGCUGAUUGGGCCACCCCUUGCAGGACUUCUGGUGGACAAAACUGGAGAGUAUACAUACGUGUACCUGGCCUCCAGUAUCACAGUGGUCACAUCAGCUUUAUUUCUUUUGGUGUCCUUCUAUUGGUUGGACUACCGUAGCACUGCCAAAAAGGAGCCAUCGCCGGUCUCAGCAUCACUUCAGUCUCCAGACUGCCAGUAUAUUAGAGUGUCUGCAGGAGAAGCAGAAAAGCAGGCCGCCAUACAAACUGAGCGUGUGACGAGUGUAUGAACUGUACACAUCAGGGCUGACAAUCUGAGAUGUUGUAGGCUGAAUUAAAUGGAAGAAAAUGUGCAUUAUUUCACAUUAUAACGAUUUUGUUAUAUCUGGAUUAUUUAGCUUAUCAUAUUUACUGGUCUUUUUUAAAGACAUACAUUAUAUGUCCAAAUAUUUGUGGACAUGCCUUCUAAUGAAUGCAUUCAGCUACUUUAAGUUUCAACCAUUGUUGACACAUGUUUGCACAUGCACACACACUGCUUAUCUAUUCCCUGUGAGAAAGUUGCCAAUAGAGUAGAACUCUAGUGCAGGUGACAAUGAAAAUGGUGACACCAUGCUUAGUACCAGGCAUGGCCUAGGAAGGUAAAAACCCGGUAUAAACCCUUUUAUUUGCAGAGGAAUUGUGUUCUCUGAACCUCACUUUUACACUCUUAUUCCUGAUCCUAAUGCAGUACAAUCAAUCUUCAGAGCAAUGUCUUAAAAGUAGCAUAAACUCUUUUUAAUACUCUUUAUUUAAAAAAAUAAGACUGAAUUCUGAUUCUGAAUUUCUAUUGUAUUUUAUCACAUUCGUGCUUAACAUUUUACAAAAUGUGACAAAGAAGAACAUCUAGCUACUGCUCCUCGAGCUACUGUUUAUCAGGUGUAUUACUGUUUACAUUUAUACCUUUAGCCUUCUUUUCUGUGUGCUUGCUUACAAAUUUUGAGUGUAGGAAACUCACAGCCCACAGACAUCGCCAAGGAUCCUAAACCAGCCAACCAAACUAAUCCAGAACCAUUGCAAAGGGAAUCCAUACACAUUCUGACAGAGGGUAUGUAGGCUGUGACUGAAAUGGAUCCCAAUUUACAUUUGCACUAUUGAAUAAUGGGGUGUCUGACUUGAAAAAAGUAAUUUUUUUGUUUCCAAAUCUGUUUCCAAUUACUUUGAACAAACCAAUGCACAAAGAGCACAGUAAGGGAAUUAGGUGAGCCAUAUUAUUAUCAGUAAUUGUAUCAGUAGAAAGUAUGUAUCUGAUGUAUGUAUGUAAUUGUAAAUCACCAGGUGUUGAUGAGCACCCAUCUCGUAAACUGAAAUUAGUAGAGCAUCCAGCAUUACUACAGGAAGUCUUAUGUUUCUACAUAACAUAAUGGUCAAAGUUUAUUUCCUGAACAGAUCAAUAUUUUUAUAAGCUUUUAAUAAGUGGUGCUGGCGCAUGUAAAUCAUUUGUGUUUUAGCACUGCUUAUAUAGCACAGUACUAAUGAGGGAGCAGGGAUCUAUUUCAGUGACCGCUGUACCGUAAUUACUGUUUAUUUUGGACAAUACUGAACAUAUCUUUAUUACACAGUUACUGACCUCACUUAUAGAAACACAACACUAUGUUGCAAUAUUUGGAGUUUUUUCGAAAGUCACACUGUAAAAAAAUGUGGUGUCUUAAUUUGAAAAUGUAUAAAAAGCAUUUUUUACUACACAACUUCUAAAACAGGUUAAUACAACAAGAAUGUAUCUUAUUAUUAGAAGUUCAGUGUACUACAAAAUUUUGUUGCAGGACAAUUAUGAAAAUCUAUAAAUAAGACACCACAUAUAUUUUUUCUACAGUGUAGCUUUGCAUUAUUACACCAGUGUUUUGAUUUGUUUCACUCAUCAUGCCCUGUCUAAGUAGACCAGGGGAUUGUACACAAACCAUUUCUGUAUAAAGGAGAGUAUUUAGGUAGUUCAGAAUUGUUUUCAGGACUACAGACCAAAGAAUCUGCCUGUUCUGUUGCCGUUUUACUGAGUGUAAGCGUCUUGACAUGUUUUUGUGACUGUGAAUGUUGUUUUAUUCUUAAUGCUCUCUUUGUGUGUCAUGACUUUCUUCUGAUGCCCCCAGCAUUAUAUUCCAAAGUCUGAAGAACAUCUAAAAGAAUGAAAGGGCUCAGUGUAUUUCUAAAGGCCAUGGACAUUCAUUCAUUUCUGGCCCUGAAUGGCUGCAGUUAGGCUAAUUCUGUGCAAACAUGCCUCAUUUAACUACCACUCAACUGCCAGGUUAAAUAAGUGUGUUUAAGGAAGGAAAACGCCAAACUGUGCUCACAAGUAGAGGUCUUUGCGGAACUGUGCAGAAAAGAUUAUAUACUUUUAUUAUAUAGUUUUAUGAUGUAGUUAGUAUAUUUACUAUUUUUUGUCUCAAGCUGAAUAAAUCCUAUUUUGUUUCACCGCAAAGAAAUAGGCACUUUUAUGCAGUUGACAAUAAAUUCUCUUUACACAAUA